UUAAAUAAAAUUGUUUAUGAAGUUUGAAAACAAAAUUAUCCUUCAAAUAAUCAGAAUUCUAAUUAUCAAGCUUAUUUUAAUUCAUAAUGUGAUUAACCGAUCAAUUGCUUAUUGCAACAGGCUUAAUGCCAACUAAAUUGCAUGAAUCUGCAGAUCCAUCAUUUGCUUUUGCUGCUUCUCUUUAAAUCUCUGUUCGAUUAGAAAGCCUAGCAGAGUGAAAAGACUUUGAACUGUGACCAGAAAUCUUUUGACUUGAAGCAGUUUUUCUAUGUUCUAGGUGACGUCUGGGAUGGUGAUCAGCACUUUUUUGUCGGCUCCGAUCAUGUACGUGUCGGCCUGGUUGUUGACCAUUCCUUUGAUGGACCCUAGUCCCCUGGUGGCAGAGCUGGAAAACGUCAGCUUCAACAUCAGCAUCAUCAGCCUCAUAGGACUGGUCUGGACCAUCGCUGUGAUGUUGCUUAGCAGGAAAUUUAAUCAGCUCCCUCAUCUAUUCGUGUUGAAUCUUUUUCUGGCUCAGUUCUUAGUGUGCAUUAGCAUGAUCCUGUGGAACUUCCUGGUGAAACAAGAAGAUAAUUACCUCAGUAAAGUUCUCAGCUUCACUCUAUUGUACGGAUCUCUGUACAGCACUUACAUCUGGACAGGUUUAAUCCCUCUGUGUCUGGCUCUGACUAACAGAGAUGAUCUGCUGAGACUCAGACCUGGGCUCUUCAUGGCUGUGGGCUGGGGGAUUCCCUUUUUGACGGUUGGAGUCCUUCUCAUAUCAGGAGAAAGGACAGAAACCCUCGACUCUGCCUUCUUCUAUGGCAGAGCUCAGAUAAUCAGCUCUGCUGUGGUUCUGGCUGUGAGCCUGGCCCUCGGUGCCAUUUCUCUGAUGGGUCUGAGCCAGGGGGGCCGGGAGCAGGUCGGGUACGAAGCCCUGAGCCGAGCUGCUGUCACCGGCAUCAACGAUGAACUGAGGGCUCCUGCUGACCUGGAAGAUCAACAACAGCAGCAGCAGGAGGCCAACUCCACAAAUUCUCCCACCUGCGGCAUCAAUUCAUAUUUCCACAACAUUUCUCCUCUCCAGACCAGGCCUGACAUGAUGGCCAGCACACAGAGCACAGGCCACAGCGGGGCGCUGUGCGACGGACAGCAGCCGAGAUCAUCGGACUUGGAACAGCCGCUGGAUUUGCCACCUCCAGGCCUUAGGAGCAGCGAUGAUAAGCAGACUGUGAGACACAUGUUGCUCUGUUUGCUGCUCAGCGUCAGUCUGCUGGCGAAUCUGUCCAGCUGUCUCUGGUGGCUGUUCAACAAAGAUCCAGGCCGGCUUUACCUGGAGCUGCAGUUUUUCUGUGCUGUGGCCAACUACGGGCAGGGUUUCCUUUCAUUUGGAAUAUUUGGUCUGGACAGACACCUCAUCAUUGUGCCGUUCAAGAAGAGGUUUCUCAGCCUGUGGCAUAAUCGAGACGGAGAGGAUUCGAGUCCGUCUGCUGUGCCUGAGGACGUCCGACUCACUUGUACCCAGUUUGUCCGCUACCACAAAGACCAGUGUGUACAAGACAUAGUACACACUCACAGGUUUGGAGAAGUGAAGCAGGAGAAUGGAAUUGGACAUUGCUUUUCCCAUCAUCCCCAGUAUUUAAACACAAAUCCUCAGAGACAUGGCAAGUCACAGAAUCUGCACUGGAAUUACAGUCCAGACGAAUCAUGCAACCAAACUUCACUUCCUUCCAACAUGGAGGUGCCCAGAUGAACAUCUCAGAUACAUUUCUACCCUUCAGGGACACGAUGACCUCUACUCAAGCCUGCCCUAGUCCGUCUUUCGAGGGAGUGACUUGGUGGACUGGUUAAUGGAGCGAGGUUUCUGCACCAGACGGACUGAGGCGAAACAUUACGCCGUUCGUCUUCAGCGAGGGGGAGUGGUGAGCCACCUGACAGGCCAGCAGAGCUUCAGGGACGAGCCCACUCUAACCUACUACUUCCUGCAGGUGGAGGGACGGCCCUAGAACAUCUGAGAGGACGAACAGAAACUUUGGGGUGCCAAACAGGAAGUGCCUUAUGGUGAAAUUACCACAAGAUACUAGCUGGAUUGUUGCAAGACCCAAAGACUCUGUGCAGAAUUACAUUACCCACCAAAAUCUGUUUUAUGGGGAGAAAAUCCUUUUGCACUGUAAAAGUAUUAAGUAGUGCUUCUCCAUUUUCA